CGGAACUUUCUUGAAUCAGUCAUUUUAUUUUUUGUUGACCCACCUGGCCUUUUUUAUCGAUUAUUAAGAUGUCAUCAUCCGAAACCGAAUGGUUUGCAGAGGUAGAGUUGGACAGUGAGGAGUCUGAGGAAGAACGCACUCUAUCGUUCGCUUCGGGUGACCUAAAUGCCAAUGAAAUUCUGGGAAGUACAUCGGAUUCAGAUACGGAUACGGAUUCGUUAUCGCUAUCGUUAUCAACCACCACGGUGGAUGGCAGUCAAUCAUCAGGAUCCGAAGUAUCCAACCAUGAUCUCGAUACCGGACUUUUCGGCUUGCGACCUGUGCAAGGUACCACCAACUUGAUACCCCAUGCCACCAUUACGUCCACACCAUCAGCAUCACAAUCACCUCCAUUACCCAUAUGGCAAGUAAUAAGGAGACGAUUGAGCUCCGAUCCGGAAGUGAUCAACCGUCCUUACGGCCGAUUCCAGCCAGAGAACUUCACUCUUAUCGAACCUAUGGGUCCCCUCUCCCCUAGCGAGAGACAGGAAAUGACUCGACUGAUCACGGAAUUCAUGGAGGAUCUAGAAAAUUCUCGCCCCUCGCCCGAAGAAGUUCAAAGACGCCGUAAUCGCAUGCGGGCAGAUGGCAUAGCUCGAGCUCAUGCCCGACUUCAUGCUCGAAGGAUGAGAGCCGCAUCCUUACACCGAGCUGCUUUGAGUAAUGCUGAGCAAUCGAAUUUGGCUCAAAUCGCUCAAGAUCUGCCGCGGGCAAAUAGUGUUAGCGAUUGCAGCCAGUGCAGCAGUGAUGAGGAACAGGAUCAAAUCGAUGGCAAGAAUAGAAAGCCUACUGUUCCAAGUCAUCUCUCCGAAUGGUUGUAUCCCAUUUAAGCUGUAAAAUGUGUUAUAUUAAAUUAAGAGUCAUUGUUCUGUCGGACUCACAGAAAGCAU